GAAGUGGGAAAAGUCAGCGAUGAUGAAGGUGGAGAAGGGAGUGAUGCGCCAUGAACCCGAUGACUGGCGCCGCAACAACGCCACCCUCAGACAGGCCAGUCAUGACACCCGCACCACCUCCCACAAUCUUCGUCAUGAGUCGCACCAUCUUCGUCACCAGCUACGGAACAAGACAUGGUGGGACCAGGCGGACAACACCACCCGCCUUCAGGACCGCAUCUACGAGCUCCAAAGAGUUACCAACGACCUACAGCGUUCCCUCGACCAGGUUAACGAGGAGAUCAGGAAGCUGGAGGCAGCGAAGCAGACGACGGAGGCAGCGACGGAGGCAAGGGUGGCGCCCCUCAACACCGCCCUAGAGUGCCUGACGCUGAGGGAGAGACGCAGGGAGGGGGAUCUGGUGCAUGACCGGCCAGAGACGGAGCUGCACCAGGAGGUGAGGGUGGUGGAGGGCUCCCGUGCACACCUGGAGAAGGCCGUCCUCGAAGCUGUCUCACACCUCAGGGUCCUCCACCACGCCAAACAACGACUUCAAGAUGACCUUAAAGACAAAAGGGCAGCCCUGGAAGUGGACAGGAAGCAGGAGUCACUCACCGAGCACUCCCCGCAGAUAUCCUUCAAGCCGGACCCCCUCCGUGUUCCUCAAGGAACCAUCCUGCCGGCUGACUGGUUGGACCACUCUCUCAAGAACAUGGCGGCGACAGAGGCCGCUAUCAGAGACUCUCAGAUGCUGCGAGAUAGAAUGUGCGUCACUAUGCAGACAGCAGACCGGGAGGACGAGGCCCAGCAGACAGCAACAGACUACGCCCUGCGCACCCGUCUGCACCAGGAGACCCGCGCCAGAGAUGAACUACAGUGGCAGAAGGACCGCCUUCUGGAAGAGAUACAAGCGCAAGAGAAAGAAAUUUCAGACUUGGAGGAGCAGCUUCGUGCAUCUUCCCUGCCGCUGAAGGUGGCGCAGACGCGCCUGGAGGGUCGGACUGAACGAGUUCGCCAUGAUCUGGUGAGAGACGCCCCCCAGGACGGUAUUACCGCAGAAGUACAGCACCUGACGAGAACACGCACACUUCUGCGUGAGGCGCUGGCUAAGGCACUGGACACACUGCAUGCCCUACAGCGCCAUUUACGGACAGUGGACGUCGACUUGGGUCGCAAGAGCCUUUCUGUGAGCCUGGAGAAGAAGGUGCAAGGUUCCCGCAAGGCACUGGAGGCGCGCACGCCCCCACACACACUAACACAUGCCAACCUCACACUUACUGGUUCCCUCAGGGCCCACCCAACACACAUACUCUGAACACAAACGGUUACACGCGGAUUUUUUUUACUUUUCUAAAUUAGAUUUAUUGUAUUAUAGCCUACCAUUGGAUAGUUAGAUAUUGACUAAAAAGUCCAUGUUAAUAAACAAUGUAUAGUAUAUCCCACACCACAGGGUGGGAUAUGCUUUGCUCACAACUGCAAGAGUGGGGAUAUUAAAGCAAUUAUCAAAUUGCCCACAAUACACAGCAUUGUACUUACUAUCUACAGCAUUCUAUCUAUCAGCAUUCUACAUGUACUUACUAUCUACAGCAAUUACUAUCACAGCAAUACAAAUGUAGGCCUAUUUAUAAAGGGUGAUGUUCAAAAAGUCCAUACUUCCUUAAUUAAAUAAAUUGUAUCCAAUUAAAACAAUUUCUCCAAGCUAGAACACAGAAUUCAGUACUUGAGAAAAAUAUUCAGCUGCAGUACAAUCUUUGAUCAAGUCAGUUGUUGCUCCAGUCAUUUCUCAUCCCUAAAUCCACAUUAACUAUAGGACUGGAUUAUUGGCAUGACCUUAAAGCUCAAUGCCAGUAAAGUUCAGCAUGUUUAAUUGUUGGAAAGUUGUGGUAUUGUAUCCUAGGGAAAGCCAGCUGUUGGUUUAGGGCCUAGAACACUCCUAUAAGCUUAACUGGUUUGUCCCAAAAACUUUUUAAUUAUGCUAGAUUUUCUAUUAACGUUAAACAUGUAACAUUUACGUAAAAGAACAUGUAUUGAUAUUGCAGAAAGGCAUUACUCCACUCUUACAGUAUCAGUCACUGCCCUAACAUCUCUCCUGUGUGACGAACUUCAUUUUCCUUGAUGUCUCAGCAUAAACUUUACUUGCUUACUUAGAAGGUAGAUAUAAGAGAGUUAUUACUCAAAGGUUAAUGUUCUGGCACUAAUUUCAUUGCUCUUGAUACUUUCAUCAUCAUUCAGUUUCCAAGACUGAAUAGACAAUCAGGUUACCCCUUAUAUGACAAUCCUUAAGGGAUAAUAAAAUGUAUAACUGCCAAUUACAGGCUGUAUACACAAAAAUAUUCAACACAUAAUUAAACCUUAAAAUGUUAGAAUUCAUCUACCUUCUGGUCCAUUGAUAGUUAAUUAUAGUGUGUUAAAUGCAAAGUAAAACUUUUCAAUUCUCUCACACGAUAAACUUCUUAAUCCUGUGUGUUGAAAUGUUAAAAUAUUUUAUCAUUACAAUACAUGCUAGUUUUUCCAUGUGACAGAUAUAACCAUGCCAAUGCCCAAGAUUUUCUCCAAUUAAGACCGCUUUACUUUUGCAGUGUAUGCUCUUAAAAUUACAGAUAAUAAAAAUAC